UCACUCGGCGGUUGGUUGACGUGCGUGAUGGACACGAAAUUUUGUUGAGUUGAGCGAGCAAUGGCCGACAGACUUAUUUGAUCGAGUUAUUGGUUAAUUACAGUUAUCUACGACGCUGAUUGUAACCCGACUGCCUUAGGGCUACUACAGUUUUUACUUUAGUUGAGUGUUUUUGUGUGAAUAAUCGUGAAGUGUUCAGUGGAAGUGUAAUUUGUGCAUGGCCAUGACAAGGUGGAUCGAGUGAUUUCUCCCAAAAACUUGUUAUGGAUAAAUAAUGGUGAUCUUCCGUGACAACCAUGACUUUUUAGGAUUAAAAGUACUUCUAGUCUUUCCAUUAUUUUGCUCCGCUGGACGACGGCAGCUAUGAGACUGAACACACGGCCGUCCACCACACACAACAGCUACAAGCUUCAUUUGCGUGUGCCUUCACAUGUGAAGUGAGGCGGAUGGUGCAGCAUGGCGUUCAUGAGCAAGAAGAAGCGAUACAAGUUCGGCGUGCAGGUGUGCCUCGAGGAGCUGACGGAGGUGCCCUUCGUGUCCGCCGUGCUGUUCGCCAAGGUGCGCCUGCUGGACGGCGGCAGCUUCCAGGAGCACUCCAGCAGGGAGGAGGUGCGCAACCACGCGGUGCGCUGGCACGCGGCGUUCUCGUUCGUGUGCAAGAUGUGCGCCAACGCCAACACCGGCGUGCUGGAGCCCGCGCUGCUGCGGGUCUCUGUGAGGAAGGAGUGCAAGGGCGGCAGAUCAUACCAGAAGCUGGGGUUCUGCGACGUGGACCUGGCGCAGCUGGCGGGCGCGGGCGAGACGGCGCGCCGCUUCCUGCUGGAGGGGUACGACGCGCGCCGCCGCCAGGACAACUCCGUGCUGCGCCUGCGCAUCAAGAUGAGCAUGAUCUCCGGCGACCCGCUGUUUAAAGUUCCCGAGCGCCAGCAAGACGCGACGGUGGAGCCGGCGGGCGGCACCGACAGCGGCUCGGAGGGCGCGGGGGGCGCGGGGGCGGGGGCGGGGGGCGCGGGGGGCGACGACGACUGCGCCUCGUCCACGGCCAGCUCCGGCUUCGGGAGCUUGACCAAGAAGAAGACUAAUUAUGACUCGGGUCUGCCGGCGCUGUCGGCGCUGGGCGCGAGCGAGUCCCCCUCGCCGGAGCCCGACCCCCCGGACCCGCCCGACGUCGUCGACCACCCCGGCUUCGCGCUGACCUCGGUGUCCGCGGGCGCGGGCACGUGCGCGUCGUGCCAGCCGCACACGCACAGCCGCAACUCCUCCAACACCUCCGGCGACAUGAGCAGCAAGGCGUCAGGCUACGGCAGCUCGGCGUCGGCGCAGUCGCAGCACUCGCGCCAGAGCUCCGAGGGGGACUCCACGGCCGAGCACCCGCGCCCCGCGCACACCAGCGCGCGGGCGUCGUCCCCCGCCGACCACUCGGGCCUGGAGCAGUCCGUGUACCUGACGCCGGACAGCUCGCUGGCCUCGCCCCCCGCGCCCCCCGCCCCCGCGUCCCCCGCGGCCCCGCACGAGGCGCUGCCCACGUACUUCGACAAGAAGCGAGGCGCGGCGGCGGCGCGGCUGCAGGCGCUGCUGCCGCUGGCCAGCUUCCCCAUCUUCAAGCAAAAGAGCCUCAACACGCUGCCGGAGCGCGCGCGCCGCGACCAGCUGUUCAGCAACUUCCCGUUCCUGACGCCGCUGGCGCACCGGCGGGGCUCGCUGCUGGGAGGCUGCCUCGAGGCCGACGAGCGGUCGCGCAGCAGCCGCGAGCUGCCCGCGCUGCUGACCUCCACCCCGCGCGAGGACGAGGGGCUGCUGCGCGGGCGCUUCCAGUCCGAGCGCCGCGCGCGCCCGCACACCGUGGCCGCGCCCGCCAGGAACCCGUCAUCAGGCUCUCUGGCGGCAUCGGCGUCGGAGGGCGGGUCGCUGGAGCGCGCUCGCGCCGGGCCCGAGCGCCGCCCGCGCGCGCCGCCGCCGCCCGCGCCGCCCCCGCCGCCCGACGAACAGCACGUGGCGUGUCGCGUGGAGAACACGCGCGUGAACCCGGACUCGCUGAUCGACGAGCUGCUCGCCGCCACCGACCUCAAGCACGCCGUCGACGACUCCGCUGAGACGUCGGGGCUGCAGCUGUUCAUCACGCGCGACGGCACGGCGGAGCUGGGCUCCCGGCAGCGCGUGCCCGCCGCGCGCCCCGACCGCCAGCGCGUGCGCGUCGUGCUGCAGCCCAGGGAGCACAGGUAGCCAAGAGCGCGGGAGCGGGGACGCCGCGAGUCUCACAUGUCGAUACAUAUUAUAUGGUUAUUCACCGCGCCUGCGGGCCCGGGGGCGCUACUGUCAUGUAUAACAUCGCUGUAUUUAUUUAUUAGUAUCUGUAAUAUUACUGUUAAGAUUAUCUCGUUCAUGUACAGGGCAGUGUGUGGCGGACCCUCAGAGAUGGCGCGGCGAUGCAUGUUGCUAGGUGUUCGUGCUUCAUGUAAAUUAUUAAUGCCAUUACAGUAAUUAUGUUUUGUAACAAUGUUGAGUGAGCGGAGGUACCGUCUCUGAGGGCCCCGCCAGCGCAGGGCGGAGAUUGUGAGAUGUAUAUUGUAUAGUCUGUAUAGAAUAUAUUAUGAUAUGACCAUGGUAUUAAGUCUGUGACGAGGCAGACAGAGAUUUAUAACUUUUAACGGCAACUACGGAAUGCUUCUGCUGGCAUUUGAGUCAGUUUCCUUCCUAUAAAGAAUGGGAUAUGACUACUUAUUUCUUGGUUUUUGAAUCUGAAGAGUUUUACUGAGGAAUGCUUGCGUGACCUCGUCAUUACGAUAGUAUUAAUUAGAAUCCUGAACCAGUUACAAUGAACGUUCAUCACAAGGGCGCCGUGGUGGUUGUGGAAGAUACAUACAAUGUUACGAUGUCUUCUUUCAGCUUCUUUCCAGUAUUUUAUGUUUAGCAAAUGAAUUGUGUUUGAAGUGACCGCCGCGCGGCGCAGUGCUCAGUUACUGGUGCUAAAGUGCUGAUUAGAUUGUGUGGACUUUGUAUAUUGCUUUUAGUUGUAAGUGCGCCGAAACGCUGAAGACUUGCGUGUCUUCCGUUUAUUGAUUUUUACAAAAUUGUUCUAAGCUUCCAUAUUAUGGUUCAGUCAAAAGAGAGUCAAGAAUAAAUAUUUUUGCCUUGACGGUGAUUUUAGAAAAUAUAAUUCGAAAUCUGAUAAUAGAGGAAUUGCAAAAUGGUCACUAAAAGUAUAUUUUAACGUUUGUCCGUGAAUCAAAUGUAUCGGACCGAAUAUUUUCUUGCAAGUCAUGAAAUCCUAGUAUUUAUUAGCAGUUAUUUACGACUUGUGCGGAAACGCCUUACCUAUAAAAAUACAUGCGUCUUUCGUAGGUGCACGAUGCACAUCUCAUCUACGACUUUAUUAUGACCCCAUAUGCUUCCCAUUCCCCAUAAAAAAUAAUGCAUGACUAAGGGGAUAUAUUAUUUUUCGUGAAUACCCCAAUUUCUUAUAAUAAAUGUUGUUCAGAAUGACUAGUUCUGUGACCUUUCGGGUGUGCAAUUUGUGCAUCUAUGAAUGACACCUGUAUAUCUACCCAAGACUCGCAAGUUUAGUAAUUAUUUUAAAAUCACUUUAUAUUCUUAUUUAAAUAUUAAUUUGUAAUUAAAUACAAUUUGUAUUACUAGACAAUCAAACAGUUCUAAACAGUCGCAGCAUAAUGUACCAUACUUCCUUAGUUCGUGACUGACAGACCGAGUCAGACUAUGUAUUGCCAUUAAUUUCGAAAAUUUUAUGAUGUUCAUGAAUAUUGAAAAUGUAAUUGUUGUUAAAUGUACUUGUGCAAAGACGCAAAUACAGACAAAAUUAAACAAGA